AUACCGACAGCUCCCAACCCCCACACCGCACACGUACUGCCGGCGUGCACUUCGGCCACAUUGGCCGCCGCACCGAAACCAGUCGGCAGUGAACAACCAAACAGACUCAUCACAUCCAGGGUCACAUCGGCGCCCACCGACUCGACAACACCGGCCACUUAUGUCGAGUACUGUAUCGCCAAACAGUCAAUGGUGGUUAAGAUAGACAAAAGCCUACCCCUGGAUGUGAUGAGUCUGUUUGGUUGUUCACUGCCGACUGGUUUCGGUGCGGCGGCCAAUGUGGCCGAAGUGCACGCCGGCAGUACGUGUGCGGUGUGGGGGUUGGGAGCUGUCGGUAUGGCUGUCGUGCUCGGGUGUAAGCAAAUGGGAGCCAACGUUAUCAUUGGUAUCGAUAUAAACAGCGAAAAGUACGAUACGGCCAAACAGUUUGGUUGCAAUCAAUUCAUUAACUCUAAAGAGGCGACUGAACCGACAGAAGCUAUCAUUAGAAAUAUAUUCAAAGAAGGAGUGGACUAUACAUUUGAUUGCAUUGGAAACCAAUCGGUGAUUGAGUCGGCUAUCAAAUCAUUGUCACCGUCGGGUACAUUCGUGGCCGUAGGGCUACUCCAACCGCAGCAUACAUAUGCUCUACCAUUAAUGAGACUCUUAGAUGGCUUAACCUUAACUGGUGGUCUAUUUGGCAAUUAUAAGGGCAAGGAUGGGGUCCGGAUGUUGACCGAGAAAUAUAAAAAUGACAAUAAUUUUAGGCGUUUAGUGAAUAAAUUUGUUUCCAAAAGAAUUAGUUUGAAUCAAAUCAACGAAGCAUUUAAUUCAUUAAAAAAUAGCGACAAUGUUAUCAGAAAUGGCAUAAGUGACAGUGAGGAGGGUUGGAUACCUGCCGACGGUGCGAGUCGUUUUCAUUUGCGACAAACCAAUGAGCCGGUAUUGACCCCAUCGACCAAUUGCAACCUGGCCACUUAUGUCGAGUACUGUAUCGCCAAACAGUCAAUGGUGGUUAAGAUAGACAAAAGCCUACCCCUGGAUGUGAUGAGUCUGUUUGGUUGUUCACUGCCGACUGGUUUCGGUGCGGCGGCCAAUGUGGCCGAAGUGCACGCCGGCAGUACGUGUGCGGUGUGGGGGUUGGGAGCUGUCGGUAUGGCUGUCGUGCUCGGGUGUAAGCAAAUGGGGGCCAACGUUAUCAUUGGUAUCGAUAUAAACAGCGAAAAGUACGAUACGGCCAAACAGUUUGGUUGCAAUCAAUUCAUUAACUCUAAAGAGGCGACUGAACCGACAGAAGCUAUCAUUAGAAAUAUAUUCAAAGAAGGAGUGGACUAUACAUUUGAUUGCAUUGGAAACCAAUCGGUGAUUGAGUCGGCUAUCAAAUCAUUGUCACCGUCGGGUACAUUCGUGGCCGUAGGGCUACUCCAACCGCAGCAUACAUAUGCUCUACCAUUAAUGAGACUCUUAGAUGGCCUAACCUUAACUGGUGGUCUAUUUGGCAAUUAUAAGGGCAAGGAUGGGGUCCGGAUGUUGACCGAGAAAUAUAAACAUGACAAUAAUUUUAGGCGUUUAGUGAAUAAAUUUGUUUCCAAAAGAAUUAGUUUGAAUCAAAUCAACGAAGCAUUUGAAUCAUUAAAAAAUAGCGACAAUGUUAUCAGAAAUGUUAUUAUAUUU